AUGACAUUAUUGCUUUUGUUUUUCUUAUUAGAAUACUCAAAUUUUGCCCCAUUACCAGUUGCUGAUGCUAAUGCAAAAUGUUCUUAAAAUGAUCUAUUUAUUUUAAGUAAAGCAUCUAUUAUUAGGGGAAAUUACAAAGAUGUAGCUUCAUAAUUUAAUGAAGCACUUCUAUCUUCAGCAAGAAAAACUAUUUUUCGGACACAGGGUAUUGAUAAUCUUCCUUUAAGAAAUUUACUCUACUACUACCCUUCAGAUCCAAAUCUUCCUUAAGGGCAUGUUGUUGCCAAUCUGGGUGAAUCAAUAAUUGUGGAAUUUUAUUAAGCAUACAAAAUCAAUACUGUAAGGUUUUGGAUGUGGGAUAUUGAUGAUAGAUAAACAGACAUACAAGUAUUAACAGUAGCAGCUGACAGGAGGACUGAAAAAGUCAUUUAUGAUGGUAAUGCCCAAGCUAAAAUACAUGUUGUAAAAUUAACUGAUUAAUUGGUUUCUGGAUUGAAAUUUUAUAACAGAGGAG